AUGUCGGCCACGAUCUUCACAGCACUUCCCAUACCUGCCGUCAUCACACAUCCCUCCCAACAUUGUUUGCAAUGGACUGAAGAUGGACAGAUCUGCCUUGUCACCAAAUCCGCUGUUCACAUCCUGACUCCAGAUGCAGGGAUCAACAUCUCCGCCCCUCCAGAUGUUAAGGCUUCUGCUCCCGGCGAUCAGACUGGGAAACCUAUUGGAUGGUUUAAAACGGCAGUUGAGACGGACCGCGCAACGACGUAUUAUUGGCCAAGCUACUCUCAAGAUUGGAGCACGGUUACCCUUGGCUCUCUGGACCUGUCCAUAACUGCCUUGGCGUGCUCGCCUACGAACAUGUCGUCCAGAGGCAGGUGUAUGCUCGCUGUGUUGAAUUCGAACUGCGAGGUCUCUAUUUGGGAGGCUGGCCGUCAUCACCUCAAGGGCGAAUGGGUCAAGGUACUAGAUGUGACCUCCUUCCUGCUGGAUGGGCUUGCAAAUAAUGGCGAAGAUCAUAUCACGAUGGCACUUCGGGCCCAGGCAACCUCACUAGCAUGGUCGUCCCAGCCCGACUUUGGUAUCGUACCGGUACCUGUCAUGGAUGGCUCAGCCCUUGCUAUAGGAAAUCGGGCCGGAGACCUCAUGUUGUUUCGACUCGAGGGGCGGUCAUCACAGCAAAGAUCCGUUUCUCAUCUUGGCACGGUCAAGUUCUCUAAGCAUCGGAUCACGCAAAUAGCGUGGUCAUCAUGGAGAAAUUUGGAGAUAGGGCAUUCCAUAGCAUUUGUUGCGUGCUCGCUGGACAGCGGAAGUCUGGUCACCCUCAAGGUCGAGCAAAAGGCGUUAUUUGAUGCUAAUACAAGCAUGUCUGGUCAACAAUACAAGUGCGUCUUGUCGACCGCGACGCCAGUGGAGGUCCAUCCCCCGGAUAAGCGUGGCACUACCGGGCUUGUAUGGAUCGACCGUACAAAUCAGCCGCCUAUCUGCCUCUUCACGAAGCCUGGGACCGUGCAUCUCUGGUGUUCUCCUGCUUCCCGGGCGCCGUGGUCAGGAUGUCGUGUGCUUGAGCUCCGCAACAUUCCCCUGAGUGCCGGUUCUUCGCCACUCACCCCUCUCAGUGGGGCGACAUACGUUAAAUCACGAGAUAAGGUUGUCCUGGCCUUCCUGGAUGGGUCAUUUCACGUCAUUCAUAACGCCUCGUCUGAUCCAUCGUGGGCAUCGCCAAUCUCGGAGGGCGGCGCGGCGCUUGACUCGCAGUUGAUGUCGACGAGAGUUAGGGGUGUUCUGGGGCGCGAGUCUGCUGGCUCUGCCACGUGGAUGGAUGUUGGACGAACCUACGGGAUGGCGAGCUAUGAUGGCGCUGGGGCGUUUGCUUGGGUCUACGAGAAGCUACGCCCAAGCGAUUUCAGCUAUAAGUUUGAAGCCAAGCACGAGAAUACGCUCAUCGUCGCAUCAAUGUACGCCGAGACGGAUGAAAACGUUGUAAAAAGGGUAGUAGAAGAGCUCAAUGAUCUGAAGCCACAAGGCGGCACGCCUCUCAACAGGCUUCCAGAUGAUACAACAUCGCUCGGACUAGCCGCGUUCACUCUCGAAGCUGGCCGGGAUUAUAGCGAUGACUUGAGACUUCUGCUCAAGACCCACUUAUACGGAAGGCCAAGCUUGACGCUUCUUCGGUUGAGGCUUGGAAUUGCUGAUAUGUGUUGGAAGGUUUCCCAGAGUGACGAGGCUAGGAACGCGUGUGGCGAGGUCGCUCAGCCGAUCAUCCGAGAGAUAUCGUCGCGAGUGCUGAGGAUCAUCAUGACAAUCCUGCAAACCAUAGUUCCAUUGCUGACAAAGGACGACCUUCCUUUCCUAAGACGUAUCAUGGUUCAAGCGCAUCUCCCGGGUCUUUCUGUGGAUCUGCCUGCUGUUGAAAACCGCCUGACAUCCGAUCUGCUAUCUUCUCGGAUGACUAGUUCAGAAGAACUCCUCGAGCCGCUACAUGAUGAAUGUCCAGCAUGCAAGUCCGACGUCAUUUUCGCGGAUUUGCAAACGGCAACGUGUCCCAAAGGUCACAGUUGGUCCCGGUGCUCGAUCACCUCCUUCAUUCUGGCGACGCCCAACGUGAGGACGUGCGUUGGAUGUGCGAGGAAGGCCCUCCUCCCAAGUGCAGAAACGAAUGGGGUGGCGUCCGAUGUGAAGGGGUGGUUUGUGCUUCAGCUCCUUAGCGCGGUGCAGCAUUGUCUGUUUUGUGGGAACUCUUUCAUACAGAUUGUGUAAACCCCAGAGUGCAAAAUUGUUGAUCUAAACAGUUACAACAUACCAGGUACUAGUUCAUAUAUCACAAUCUCCACUCACCCUUACACGUAAUCGAAAAUCACUUAACAAC